AUGCUGCUCUCUGACGACGACAAGGUCGGCCUGCGGGCAUGGAUUAUGAAGAAGCUGCCUGAGGUGUCCGACUCUGAGACGGAAAUCUUUGCCGAUUAUCUUCUUGCGCUGCUUGCAUCCGGCUACGAAGACGACGAAGAAGAGCUUCGAGCGUUGUGUGAGCAAGAGCUCCCUCAAUUCCUCAACGAUGGCGCCACACCUCGCUUCAUCAACGACCUCUUCCGGGUGAUUGAGACGAAGGACUGGACGGGCUCACGUCCUGCUCCGAAAGGACCAGCCCAUUCAGCGUUGCCGACCAGCUCUCAGCCCCCGACUGGCCCCAGCCUCCCCCAGAAUGGGUCACACGCCCAUGCGAGCGCACGAGAGUCAAACAGGAAACGUUCUUUUAGCGAUGCUGAAGAACCCGACUUUCCGGUCGCGCCACCUCGCGGCCCCAGCAAUGGGCGACAUAUCAAGCAGCCUCGACGGAGCGGAGGUCUGCCGCCUAGGCCGUCGUGGCCUCUACCUAUCGUUUACCCCGAUCAGAACGGCGCGGCGCCGGCGUACGGUACUGCUCCUCAGAUGCCUGCGCAGUUCCCGCAGCCUGUCAGGUCUGGCUACAUCCCUUCUGGACCGAUAAGCUAUCCUCUAGGUCACUAUGAACCUUCACCGAACGAUCUCGCCGCCGCCAUGCUCGCCCAGAACAUGCAGCAAAUGCAGCAGCUGUGGGAUAUGGUGACGGCAAGCAAGGACAAAAUCAGUCACGGAAGGGGUCGCGUCGCGAAGCGCGGUGGAGGCCGCAAGGCCUCUGACCGGGCACCCUUCUCCGCCGUAGGAAACGUGACUGACAAGACGAAGAGCACCAUUGUCGUGGAGAGCAUCCCCGACCAGCACCUCAACGAGGAUGCUGUGCGGGACGCUUUCUCCGAUUUUGGCACCAUCGUCGACAUCACGCUACAGCUCUACCAUCGGCUCGCCAUUGUCAAGUAUGACACUUGGCACGCGGCGAACGCUGCCUACCGAUCGACCAAGGCCUUCUUUGACAAUCGCUUUGUCAAGGUCUUUUGGUACGACGAGGAUGCGGCCGAGCAGGGCAACGGCGCGUCGAAGGCUUCUGGCAUUGACAACGCUCCCGAGGAACCGGAAUUCGACCUCGACGCCUUCAUCAAGAAGCAGGACGAGGCCCAGAAGGUGUACGAGGAGAAGCGCCAGCGCCAACAGGAGCUGGAAAAGCAGCGCCAGGACCUGACGGAAAGGCAGAGGGACCUCUUUGAGCGCCAGCGUGAGAUCCGCCGGAAACUGCAGGAGAAGCUCGGCCAGGCGUCUGGCGGCGAGGAUGGCGUUGACGGCUCCAGUAAUAACGAGGUGCUCAGGGCCCAGCUCGCCGCCCUCGAAGAGGAGGCCAAGUACCUCGGUCUUGACCCGGACGCGGACGACAUCGGCACCUAUGGCGGAUUCCGCGGCGGGUACCGCGGUCGCGGCCGCGGCCGUGGCCGUGGUGCCCAUCGCGGUCGUGGUGGCCACGGCGUCGAUAGGGCUGCCGUGUAUGCGGCAUUUGAGCAGUACACACUCGACAACCGCACCCGUGUGAUUGAGGUCUCGGGUGUUGAUUUCUCGGAUUCCGAAAAGGACGAGGCGCUACGACAGCACCUUUUCGGGAUCGGUGAAUUUAAUGAUAUUCAGAUCACGCCUAUGACGGCGCAAAUCACAUUCAAGUCGCGCAAGACGGCCGAGCGGUUCCUCCACGCCGCCAAACUGGCUCCCAUUCCCAACGUGGGCUCCGUCGAGGUUGCCUGGGUCGAGAACGGGCCGGCCGCGGCCGUCGUUUCUACCGCUUCAUCGGCCCCGGCUCGCGGCCCGGUCGAGAAGAACGAGCCCGAAGUUGCCGUCGAGAGACGCGCGUCGGCCGAGGCGCAGUCGGACGUGAAGCGCGAGCCCAGGACGGAAGUGGACAUGGAUUACGAGCUAUACGAAGACGGCGAGUGGGUGGACUGA